AUGAGUGGAGAGUUAUCUUCCAAGUCGGCUUGGGAAUGUAUUCGAGUAAGAGUUUCGAUACUUACUUGGUCAGGUUGGAUCUGGAAUGCGGCUUUACCGAAGAAGUAUUCAGUUACCAUGUGGAAAGCAAUCAAGUUUUGUCUUAGUGUGGAUGCUCGGAUGCGAUCUCUGGGAAUCCCUUUGGUUUCCAAAUGUGAAUGUUGUGUAAGAGGAAGUCUUGAGGACCAGGAUCACAUCCUUGCCACUAGGAUGAUGGCAACAGAAAUAUGGCGUCGUGCAUCUUUACAUAUGGGAAUUUCUUUUGCUCCGAAUAGACCUUGGAAGGAAAAAAUGGAAUUGUGGUUUCGUCAUGCUAAUCAUGUCUCACAAAGAAGUAAUUUAUUUGGUCUUGUUCCUGUCAUUUUAACUUGGUCUCUUUGGGUUUGGAGAUGUCAAGCACGCAUGGAAGGUAAAGUGAAGUCGGUGGAAUCUCUUUGGCUUGCGAGUAAAUCGGCCAUUGCUUGGGUGGGUCUUUGGCUAAAAGCAGGCUCCAAAACAAAAGCGAUGUCAUCUUGUGAAGUGGAAAAGCCGAGCAAGGGGUGGCUUAAAUUACAUGUAGAUGUUAGUUGUUUGGGAAACUCGGGCCUUAUGGGGGCAGUUGGAGUUAUAAGGGAUGAUGGAGGGAGGAUGAAUUUAGCUUUUAUGGAAUUUUUAGAUCAUGGGACAAACAACGUGGUGGAACUCAUGGCUCUUCUUCAUGGUUUGCGGCAAUGUCGUAACUUGGGAAUACAAAAGGUUGAAGUGGAAUUAGAUUCUCUCUUAAUUGUAAAUUGGUUGGAGAAAAUGAGGUGUGGAAUAUGGUACCUUGAAGAUUAUUGGGAGGAAAUUCUUGGACUUCUAUCCUCUAUGCAGUUUGUGUUUCGGCAUAUAUAUAGGGAAGGUAAUGCAGGAGCGGAUUUCUUGGCACGUAUGGCUUCUGGGAGGCUUUCUGGGUUCCUUCCCCCAUGGUGA